AUGUGGGAUUCUCUUCAGGUAACUCAUGAAGGAAAUAAGGUUAUUAAGGAGAAUAAGAUACAGCUAUUCAAAGUUCAGUAUGAUGUUUGUAAGAUGGAAGAAAGAGAAACUGUCGCUGAGUACAUCUUCAGGAUCAAUGACCUUAUCAAUAAUAUGAGAGCUCUUGGUGAAGAUGUUAAGGAUGUUGAUGUUUGUAAGAAGAUACUGAGGUCACUCACUUCUAGAUUCAAUCCUAAAGUGACAAUUCUCGAAGACAAAGAUCUUUUUGGAAUGAAGAUUGACGAGCUUCAGGCCUCUCUCACUGCCUAUGAAAUGAGAAUUGUUAUUCUAGCUGUUUAUAGAAGAGAAGCUGCCCUUAAAGCAAAGGAAGUUAUUGAAGAAACUAAAACAAAUUGUGGUAAACCUGGUCAUGUUGUAUCUCAUUGUCCGAACUCAAAGAGGCAAAGUCAGAAGAAGAAUGAGGAAGGUAACUACAAAGGAAGGUUUGGUAGAAAAGUACUUAUCUCAGAUUGGAAUUCAGCUCCUGAAGAAGAUAAAUUUGAGGAGACACAAGAAGAUGAAGUUGAAAAAGGUAGUGACACUGAGAUUAAAGAAAUUCUUGAAGAAUGUGAAAGGCUUGCAGUGAAGGACAAAUGGUAUGUUGACAGUGGCUGCUCAAGACAGAUGACGGGUAAUGGUUCCAAAUUUAAUUCUUUAAAGCAGUUUGAUAGUGGAAAUGUUAUCUUUGGAGAUAAUCAAAGAACUAAGAUUGUUAGAAUUCUUACUGUAAGUAAGUCUAAAGAAUUACCAAAAAUUCAAGAAGUUCUAUUGGUUGAAGGACUCAAACAUAAUCUCCUCAGUGUCAGUUAA